AUGGAAAACUCGGAGAAGGUCGAUGCUGGAAACCUUUCAGACUCAGAGGAGGCAAUAAACGCGGUAUGUGUUUCCGCUGACGAAGAAAACAUCAUACUAAAUCCUCAGUUUGAGGAUGGCCUGAAUAACUGGACUGGAAGAGGCUGCAAGAUUGCGUUGCACGAUUCCAUGGGAGAUGGAAAAAUCCUUCCGAAAUCCGGGAAAUUCUUUGCAGUUGCAACCGAGCGCACACAAAGCUGGAAUGGAAUUCAGCAAGAGAUCACUGGACGAGUGCAGCGCAAACUUGCGUAUGAAGUCACUGCAUUAGUUCGGAUAUUUGGCAACAAUGUCAGUACUUCUGAUCUUCGUGUUACAUUGUAUGUUCAAAAAGCAGAUCUUCGAGAGCAGUAUAUAGGCAUUGCCAAUGUGCAGGCGACAAAUAAAGACUGGACUCAAAUGCAAGGAAAGUUUCUUCUAAAUGAUUCUCCCUCAAAAGUUAUUGUUUAUUUUGAAGGCCCUGCUGCAGGCACUGACAUUCUUCUAAAUACUUUGGUUAUAAAGCAUGCUGCGAAAACACCACCUUCGCCACCCCCAGAUUUCGAGAAUGUUGCUUUCGGCGUUAAUAUAAUCGAGAACAGCAAUCUGGAUAAUGGCACGAACGGCUGGUCUCCUCUUGGUAAUUGUACUUUGAGCGUUGGAACUGGUUCACCGCGUGUAAUUCCACCAAUGGCAAGAGACUCUCUCGGCCCUCAUGAAUCCCUGAGCGGACGCUACAUUCUUGUAACCAACCGCACGCAAACAUGGAUGGGUCCUACUCAGACGAUUACCGAGAAAUUGAAACUCUAUUUAACUUAUCAAGUAUCUGCUUGGGUCCGGACAAGUUCCGGAUCACAUGGCCCUCAGAAUGUGGGUGUUUCCCUUAGUGUUGACGGCCAGUGGGUCAAUGGAGGACAAACUGAAGUGGCUGAUAGCAGAUGGCAUGAAAUCGGCGGUUCAUUUAGAAUCGAAAAACAGCCAUCUAAUGUUUUUGUUUAUAUUCAAGGUCCUGUUUCUGGUGUCGACUUAAUGGUUGCUGGACUUCAAAUUUUUCCUGUCGAUAGAGAGGCAAGGUUUCGAUAUUUAAGGAAGCAGACGGACAAGAUUCGUAAGCGUGAUGUUACAUUAAAAUUUUCUGGUGUGGACACAUGCGAGUAUGCAUUUGUGAAAGUUAAACAGAUAGAGAAUGAUUUUCCAAUUGGAUCAUGCAUCACCCGAACAAAUAUCGACAACGAAGAUUUUGUAGACUUCUUUGUGCAACAUUUUAACUGGGCUGUAUUUGGUAACGAGUUGAAAUGGUUUUGGACAGAGCCACAAAAAGGGAAUUUCAACUACAAAGAUGCUGAUGAUAUGUUAGACUUGUGUCAAAAAUACAAGAUCGACAUUCGCGGGCAUUGCAUCUUCUGGGAAGUGGAUAGUAAUGUUCAACAAUGGGUCAAAUCACUUAACAAAAACGACUUAUUGACAGCAGUUCAAAAUCGCUUAAACGGAUUAUUAACUCGCUACAAAGGCAAGUUCAAGCACUAUGAUGUUAACAAUGAAAUGUUGCAUGGUUCAUUUUAUCAAGACAGACUAGGUAAGGAUAUAAGGGAAAACAUGUUCAAGACUGCGCAUCAAGUCGAUCCAUCUGCUAACCUAUUCGUGAAUGACUAUCACGUCGAAGAUGGAUGUGACACAAAUUCGUCUCCAGAAAAAUACAUGCAACAGAUUCUUGACUUGCAAGACCAAGGCGCCCCGGUUGGUGGAAUCGGAAUUCAGGGUCACAUUGAUAGUCCUAUCGGGCCUAUUGUUUGUUCUGCGCUCGAUAAACUUGCUACUAUCGGUCUACCAAUCUGGUUCACCGAGCUUGACGUGUCUUCCACUAAUGAAUAUAUUCGAGGCGAUGAUUUGGAGGUUAUGUUGCGCGAAGCUAUGGCUCACCCGUCUGUAGACGGUGUAAUGCUAUGGGGAUUUUGGGAACUGUUUAUGAGCCGCGACAACGCGCAUUUGGUUAAUGCAGAAGGUGAAAUCAAUGAAGCCGGGAGAAGGUUCAUUGAUCUUAAACAAGAGUGGUUAUCUCACAGUCAUGGCCAUGUUGAUGAACAAGGAGAAUUCAACUUCAGAGGAUUCAGUGGUAUGUAUGAUGUGGAAGUUGUUACAUUGGAAAAGGCAACUUCCAAGACAUUUUUUGUUGAUAAGGGUGAUUCUUCAUUGGUGAUAUCAAUUGACUUGUAA